CUGAUCGCGCUGCUGCUCGCCAGCCUGCUCUGCUUCUGCAUGCUCAAGAAGAAGAGGCGGCACCACCCGCACCACCCUCCGCCUCCCCCGCCGCCCCACCACCUGCACUACUACGGGCACCCGCCGCCGCCGCCGCCCCCGCCGCCGUUCAAAGGGGAUCAAUAUGGGUGGCAGCAUAAUGCCCCUCCGCCACCCCCUGAUCAUGUUGUGAAGAUGAAUUCACAUCCUUCCACUAAACAGCCGCCGCCUCCGGUCAAUGUAAACAGCAGUGGUUCGGGUUCACAUUUCUCAGGCGGCGGUGAGAAUCGACCCCUGCAAUCACCGUUUGGCAACGCCCUCAGCUUCUCGAAAUGCACUUUUACUUAUGAAGAGUUGGCUGUGGCGACCAAUGAAUUCGCCGAUGCUAAUCUUCUCGGGCAAGGUGGCUUUGGAUUUGUUCACAAAGGAGUGCUGCCAGAUGGCACAGAAGUUGCCGUUAAGCAAUUGAGAGAUGGAAGUGGGCAGGGAGAGCGUGAGUUCCAGGCAGAGGUUGAGAUUAUCAGCCGAGUACAUCAUAAACAUCUCGUGACGUUGGUUGGUUAUUGCAUUUCUGAAGAUAAGAGGUUGCUUGUCUAUGAGUUUGUUCCCAAUAACACAUUAGAAUUCCAUUUACAUGGAAGGCGUGGACCAACUAUGGACUGGCCUUCAAGACUACGUAUUGCUUUGGGUUCUGCGAAGGGAUUGGCCUAUCUUCACGAAGACUGCCAUCCAAAGAUCAUUCAUCGUGACAUAAAGGCAUCAAAUAUUCUUCUGGAUUACAGAUGUGAAGCUAAGGUGGCAGAUUUUGGACUUGCAAAGUUAACCUCUGAUAAUAACACCCAUGUUUCCACCAGAGUAAUGGGCACAUUUGGGUACCUUGCACCAGAGUAUGCUUCUUCUGGCAAGCUCACUGAGAAAUCAGAUGUCUUUUCUUUUGGAGUAAUGCUUCUUGAAUUAAUAACUGGACGCCGGCCUGUAAGUUCAAAGCAAGCGCAUAUGGAUGACAGCUUGGUUGACUGGGCAAGGCCUUUGAUGACACAAGCACUCGAGGAUGGUAAUCACGAUGCUUUAGUGGAUCCCCACAUGGGAAUCGAUUUCAAUGAUAACGAGAUGGCAAGGAUGAUCGCCUGCGCAGCCGCAUGUGUACGCCAUUCUGCACGGCGACGCCCACGCAUGAGCCAGGUUGUUCGGGCCCUGGAAGGCGACGUGUCGCUGGAUGAUCUGCACGAAGGCGUCCGGCCUGGCCACAGCCGGUUCAUGGGAUCGCACGCCAGCUCCGAGUAUGACACCAGCCAGUACAACGAGGACCUGAAGAAGUUCAGGAAGAUGGCGCUCGGCACCAGCAGCUUCCAGAGCAGCCAGCUAACACCGUCCAGCGGCGAGCACGAGCAGGAGCACCAGAACCCGCCCGUCCCGAGCAGCGACGGCCAUCAGCAGACGCAGGAGGUGGAGUUGGGGACUAGUACGAAGCGAGACGACGGCGACGUCGAGAGCCAGGCUUCCAUGAGAUGACCACUUUCCCUUUCCUUGGAGAGAGUUAACCUCAGGACAUCAUUUGUAAAUCCACAGCAUAGCUGAAUUCACAUAAGCUGCCAGCUGACUUGGUUGCAACGAACAAAAAUGAUAUUUUGUUCUUGAGAUAUAUAUAUAGUUCUUUUGUUAGACGCA